AUGAUGGAUGACGACACUGAGUUGAGGACUGAUGGAAACUCCCUCUUAAAAGCUGUAUGGAUGGGGAGGCUCCGGCUGACCAGACUCCUCUUGGAAGGGGGAGCAUAUAUCAAUGAAAGCAAUGACAAAGGUGAAACAGCUCUCAUGGUGGCAUGCAUUACCAAGCAUGUGGACCAGCAAAGUAUUAGCAAGUCUAAGAUGGUGAAGUAUCUGUUGGACAAUAGGGCAGACCCCAAUAUCCAGGAUAAGUCUGGCAAGACUGCACUCAUCCAUGCUUGCAUCCGAAGAGCUGGGGGAGAAGUGGUGUCCUUACUUCUGGAGAAUGGAGCAGACCCCAGUCUUGAGGAUCGCACUGGGGCUUCAGCUCUGGUCUAUGCAAUAAAUGCGGAUGACAAGGAUGCACUGAAGCAUCUCCUUGAUGCCUGCAAGGCCAAAGGUAAGGAAGUGAUUAUUAUAACAACAGACAAAUCAUCUUCAGGCACAAAAACCACCAAGCAGUAUCUCAAUGUCCCUCCAUCACCCAAAGUGGAAGAUAGACAGUCACCACCACUUUGUGCAUCUCCUUCUGACAUUGAACUGAAGGCUCCUGGUUUGGGUUCUCCACCCAAUGAGAAGGAUGAUGAUUUCUUCAUCCCCCAAACAGGACACCAAAGUGGCUGUAGUUCUUCUAAGGCCCUUAAUGAGCCUGGAUCACCCACCAGGAAAGUAUCUAGCCUUAAAAGGGCCCGCUUGCCCCAGCUGAAGAGGCUCCAGUCUGAACCUUGGGGCUUGAUUGCUCCUUCUGUGCUGGCAGCCUCCACACGCCAGGAUGAAAACCAUGGCACAAGCACAGACAAUGAGGUCAUCAGGAGCAUCAAUGACAUGUCUUUCCCUAAAAGGGGUCCCCUCUCCAGAGCCAACAGCAUUGACAGUAAAGACUCCACCCUCUUCCCCACAGUCCAAGAACAAGUUCUGAAAGUUCCAACCUCAGCACCAGCUACCUGGAAAGCAGCUUUCGAGAAAGGCCAGGCUCCCCAUCCACGCCUUGCCAGGAGAGGAACACUUCCUGUUGACCUAGAGAAGAGUGGGAUGUGUCCACCAGGAUCGACAGUCCUGAAAGAUCCAGCAUCUCUCAAGCUGUUGGAAAAUGACCUCUAUGAUUUAGAUGUACAGCCAGGGUCUGACCCACCCAACUCUGUGUCCAUUGAGUCAGGCAAAGGACCUUUAGAUAGAAAGAAACUAAACAGCUCACACUUGUCCCUUUUCCAUGGCUCUCGGGAGUGCCUGGAUGCUGUACCCAGCACAUCUCCCAGCUCAGUGCGUCGCAGGCCCCCUCAUCUUUUAGAAAGAAGAGGUUCGGGAACUCUCUUACUAGACCGCAUUGCUCACACGAGGCCUGGCUUUCUUCCCCCUUUAAAUGUGAAUUCAAACCCACCUAUCCCAGAUAUCAGAACCAGUAGCAAACCAGCUUCCCCACUUGCUGGUGGCUUAAAAUCUGUGGUUCCCGUUGCUCCAAGUUCACCAAAGAGAGUUGACUUGAGAAGUAAAAAGAAACUCCUUCGAAGGCAUUCUAUGCAGAUUGAACAGAUGAAGCAGCUCUCUGACUUUGAAGAAAUCAUGACCUAG